AAUUUGCUAGUAUGGCUACUGGCUACCCGAACAUAAAAGAUAGAUGAUAUGGAACUGAAGACUACCCACAAAGAGGUUCAUAGCAAACCAAUUACAGCAAUAACUGUUAAUCCUCUUAGACGUGAGAUCAUCACAGGCAGUGAGGAUGGCAGUAUCAAAAUUUGGGAAGCUGAGUCUGGUAAAACUGUUCAGAACCUUAACAAACACCAAGGUUGGGUAACAGACCUUUUCUUUUGGCAAGAAGCAAAGCUCCUUGUUUCUGCAUCUAAUGAUGGGCUCAUUAUCACAUGGAGCUCUAGUUCUAUUCCUCACCAAGUAAUCAAGAUAGGCAACCCAAUCUAUUGUGUAUCAUGGAACAGCAAAAGAGAACAAAUCAUAAUAGGACUUAACAAAUCAGUCAAAGCCUUCAAUUUGGUCGAUGGAACUUCCCUGUCUUCGCCAUAUCUCGAUGAAAAAUGUGAGACAGUUACUCAUCACACAGACAUCGUAAAGUCGAUAGUCUGCAUAGACUCCCGGGUUUACACUGCCAGUUUCGACCGAGCACUGAUUAUGUACGAGACAUCCUCCUAUCCCAGCGAUCAUACUCUUCAUGUUAUAUCUGCUUUUAGACAGGCUCAUGCGGCAGCUAUUACGUGUCUCACGAUAAUCCGAGACAGUGAGAGUAACACGUGGCAGAUACUUAGUGGCAGCUUUGACAGAUCUGUAAAGAUAUGGACACAAGACAUCCAACUCAUCCACAAAAUUGAGGGUUUAAGCGGCACAAUAACAAGUAUCUGUUACAUCCCCCUCACGAAAGUCCUGUGGGUUCUAUGUGGGUCGCAAGAUGUUUCAAUGUUCGAUCCCAAGUCAGGAGAGAACAUAACCGAGUACGUGAGCUCGCAGAAGAGUAAAGGAACAGAUUCCUCAAAAUACCAGCUACUAUUGUUACAGUACGUACCAGAACUGCAGGAAGUCUUCUGUACUACCAACAGACGAACUGUCAUGGCGUGGAGAUACAACUCGUGCGCUCCGGUAUCCACACUGCAGUGCAAACACAUUCCUGAAGGUCUGGCUUACACUGGCAAAUCUCCCAUCUUGAUAUUUACUGGGGACUGCGAGGGACGGAUCACGAAAUGGGAGCAGUUACAACUGAACAACUUUAUGUACAGCAGCGACUCUUUUAAUCUUCAGGAUAUGACAAGAACUCUCCAGUUCUCAAACUAUGACGUCAUAACACCACUAAACGGUUCUGAAAGAAAAAGUCGCAGUAUUAACAAGAUGCUUUUUGUGGAAGAUCUUGAUAUUUUGGUAGCUGUUGCGGAUGACUGUCAUAUCUACAUUUGGGGGUUUGACGAACAAGCCAUGAAUGAGCUGAGAGAUAGCGUACCAGGAGGAGAUAACUUGUUCCAAACGAUAGAAGAUGGCGCUGUGACAAACAGAGUUGCUGGGUUUACCUGUAAACGAGUCCUGAACAAGCAUUCACAGUCAGUAACAGGUGCAGCAGUUGUCCCCCAAGAAUCGUACAUGAGCACGAGUCAUUUAAUAAGCUGUGGGGCAGACAGGAGACUGUGCUUGUGGAACUUACAACUUGGAACUCUAGUCGGUACUUACACCAACUCUUCUGGAUCAGAGGCAGCAUCAGAAGAGGUGAUAACAGAUGUGGCUUACGCAAAAUCAAGAAGAGAGUUUGCUUACUCUUCAGCUGACAAACUUAUCUACAUUCGCAAGUUCGCUACCUCUGUCAAAUCCUGGAACCUUUUGCACGUACUUCAAGGACACGAGAGCGAGGUGUCGCACGUGGUAUGGAACGACUUGUGCUCGAUGUGGGUGUCAGGAAGUGACGACUGUACCCUGAGAACUUGGAGCGUUCACAAACACGGCUAUCUAGAGACAACAACAACUGUAACUGACACACAGUGUCCCAUUACUGCUCUAACUUGUGAUCUUGUUAAUGGGGCCGUGAUCGUGGGUCUGCAAGAUAUCAUCAGAGUCUACGAAGGAGGAACAAUGAAGCGAGUUCAGACUCACACCGGACACCGGGACUCAGUCAGGGGACUGAUGCACGUUCCGGAACGUUCUCAGUACAUCAGUAUAGCGUGGGACAGCAGUAUUUGUAUCUGGAACGCUUACAAAUCGUUCAACAGACAGAACAAUAGUCCUGCUCCAAUUUGACGGAUCUAUCAGUAGCCUAAAAUAUUGACAGAACACAUAGUGCGGAGAAGCAAUGUUAGUCUGGUGAUGAUGCACUGCUAAAGGGACAAAUUGGAAACCUCUCAAAAAUUAGGACACUUGCAUGAAGUCCGACUCCUCUAGCACAUGAUAGGGCGCUGCAAUGGUUAACAAUGGUUCUUUACUUCACUAAAUGUUAUAACUUGACAAUUGUUAUAGUGGUGUACUGUUUUAUGGUGAUGUCGAUUUUUGGGCUCCUAUGACUGCCUACCUGCACUAGUGCACUACCUUACUAUACUACCUUACUAUACUUCCUAAUUUCUACAACUACUAUUUAAAAUGCAAGCAUCCAAAGAUACCCUUAUUUUAUAAGUAACAUUUUUUUCCUUAUCAUGUGCCCAUUAUCAUAUUAAUAAUUACAGGCUUACAAUGAGUAAUGAUGAAAUAUUAUGAAUUAUAAUUAAUUAUAAUGAUGCAAUUUGAGGAGUUUAUGCAAUUUUGUAAAAAUUGGUUAUACAUUUUUUUC